AGCAUCCAGGUCCCCGUUUUGUAAUACAUCACAGUCACAAUGUACAAUCCAUACGGAAAUGUCGCGGCUGAUUCGUACCAGAAUCAAUACCAAUACCAACCGCACGACCAAUCUCAACAACAAUCACCACAAAACUUGCAACACCCUCAGCCACACCAUCCAACGUCGUUUGGCCACCACCCACAACAGCAAAUGUACACGGGACAACCACCGGUCCCCACAGCAGCAGCACAACAACACCAACAAUACCAACAACACCAACAACAACAGCAGCAGCAGCAGCAACAGCAACAGCAGCAACAACACGCACAACCAGGUUUCAAUUUCCUCAAUGAGCCCGCAGCUGCCUUGGCUUCUCAGUUUGCCAUGAGUGGAUUCCAACAAUCUAACCAGUACAUCCAAGAAAACUUUGGAAAUCUUUCCAUUUCCGGCGAUAUCAACUACUAUUUCCAAGUCAGCAACUCCUACGUGUUUCUGAAGAUAUUUUUGAUCUUGUUCCCGUACAGACAAAAGGAUUGGAGUAGGAUAUCCACCAAGGAAACCGGCGAAAACCAAUUCUUGCCUCCUAACCGUGAUAUCAAUGCUCCCGACUUGUACAUUCCCUUGAUGUCAUUUCUGACAUAUAUAUUGUUGUGGGCCGCUUUCCAAGGGUUGAAGGGAGACUUCCACCCCGAAUUAUUCGGAUACUUGUCUUCGCAAACCUUGGCGUUUUCAAUAUUGGACAUUUUAAUUUUUAAAACCGGGUUGUAUCUCUUGGGAUGUCCGCAAAGUUCCAUUUAUGAUAUCGUGAGUUUCUCCAGCUACAAGUACGUCUCAAUUAUUGUGUUGUUGUGCUUGAAGCAUUCAAUUGGAGAUUGGUUAGGUUUGGGUUAUUACGUGUCUGUUUUGGUGUUGAUUGCUAACUUGGCAAUCUUCUUGAUGAGAUCGUUGAGAUUCUUAAUCUUGCCUACCAACAACACUAGUGCUGCUACCAACAGCAUCACUUCUAGACAACGUAAGAUCAGAAUUCAGUUUUUGUUUGUUUACGCUGUGAUCAUUCAAGGCUUGAUUAUUCUCUACAUGAGCAAGUGAAUGCGCAGGAAGAGCCCCACCCGCUACAUAUUUAUUGACUUUGAAAUGCUAAAUAUACUACUAUAUAGAUAAAGUUGAAGGAGCUGACUUGUUCUUCUUCUAUGGUUUGCUAACAUCAAUACACGCGUAAUAACAUGUUUACAGU